AAAAGAGCAGACGUGCGCCUGUAUCGCACUUUCUGCAAAAAGAAAAAACCAGUAAAUGUGCAGGAAAUCCGCCUUCAAUUCUAGAUUAUCGAGUGCGGCACAAUUUUUGCAACGCGGACGCGCCACUUUUAUGCUCGGAUGCCUCGUAGAGAUGUGGAUAUUUUGUGAUUAAAAUUCUCCCGUCUGAGAUGUCUCAAACAUGAAUGAAGGUAAUUCAGCAGGAGGGGGGCAUGAAGGGCUCCGCCCGGCCCCUCCUGCUGUGUCAGACCGCGUAACUUCUCACUCUACCGAAAAGUCAGUUGCAACAAACACCAAACCCACGAAUACAACAACAACAACAACAGUUAGUUUAGCCGGAGCUGGAGCAGCAGCAGCAGGCGCAGCUCCCAGCGGCAACAGAGCAGGAGCUUUGCCGGCUUUGCGCCAUCAGCACCAUCACUAUCCGCCCCAAGGAAAGGGAGUCGCCAGCAGUAGCAAGCCGCACCAGCACCAGCAACAGAAGCAGCUGCCCAGUGCGCAGCUGCCUGUGCCGCUGUCGCCCUUGCCGCCACAACAGCAAACGACAGAGGCAACGGCAGCCACGCCAGCAGCAGCAGCACUACUGCCCGCCCACUUCCACUCCACUUCCACAAGUUCCAACUCUGCCUCCAGCACCAAAAACAUCAUAGAAUCCUCCGUAUCGCCGCCGCAGGCCAAGCGUCAGCGUCUGGACAACGAGACAAACAUCGUUGGGAGCGCCAGCAGCAGCAAUAUUGUUGGCUCCCUGUUGCCGGCAUCGGUGGCUGCCAGCAGCGAGGUCAGCGGGGUUCCAUCCACGGCCCUGCAGGACUUGAAUGCGCUCAAGAAGCGCAUACUGCAGCAGAAGUUACAGAUUUUGCGUAAUCUUAAGGAAAGGCAUCUUGAAAAUGUGUCGGAAUACUUUUACCUACAAAACGGCGGCAGUAUGAUGGACUACCCUGCGUGGCGCAAGAAGACACCAACCCCGCAGUUCAUCAGCUACAGCAAUGCGAAUCGUAUAGAUCAGCUGGUACACGAGGAUAAGCCGAGCACAUCGGCAGCAGCAGCAGCUGCAACCCAAAAUCAACCUACUAAAAGUAGUACGCCGCAGCAAGUCUCUGUGGAGGCGACGACGGUGGUCAGUGGAACCAGCACAGGAGCGACCACAUUGGCUGGAAGCAGUAGCAGUAACACACUGAAAACGAAUACGCAAUCUCAAGUGCCAAGCAAGAUUGGCAGCAGCACAGCCUCACAGUCACCCGCAACAACAGCCAGCAACGCAAACAACAGCAGCCCAGCAGUCUUAAGUACUGCUGCUACUGGUAGUGCCACCGUUACCAGCACAGCUGGUGGAAAUCCGGUCGAGGCGAGCGGUAAUGUUCUGCCACCGGAAGCGGAGAUUAAAAUCCCAGCCGUUGGGGCCACUCCCGUGGCCAUUUCGACGAAGCUACCCGCCGCCGUUGUCCAGCUAACGCAGCAAGGUCACAUACCCGGUAGACCUUUAGGAGGUCGUCACGGUAUGGUCUUUGGUCAAAUACCCGCUCCUCCUGCUGCCGUAGGAAAUCCUUCUGUACCUUUGGUGCCAGGUGGCACUCCGCUGUUACCCUGCAGUACAUCUGUGGGAUCGACGGCGACGCUUCGUCGCAACCAGGGACAAAACAAUGCCUCAAGCGGCGGACCUACGGCAUCCGGAGGAGCAGGCACUCCCACACCGCUCUACACGGGCAAUGGUCCGGCAGCAGCUUUGGGUGGAAGCGGAGCUCUCACGCCCGGGACGCCAACAUCGGGUAGUCUGCUCAGUCCGGCAUUGGCACCUGGCUCCGCUACGCCGAACAGUGCAGCCCAGGAGUUUUCUUUUAAGGCCAAGCAGGAGGUGUAUGUGAUGCAGCGCAUAUCGGAAUUACAGCGAGAGGGAUUAUGGACUGAGCGGCGCCUGCCAAAGCUGCAGGAGCCCAUCCGCCCCAAGGCGCACUGGGACUACCUCCUCGAGGAGAUGGUCUGGCUGGCGGCGGACUUUGCGCAGGAGCGCAAAUGGAAAAAGAAUGCGGCCAAGAAGUGCGCCAAAAUGGUGCAAAAGUAUUUCCAGGACAAGGCCAAUGCCGCUCAACGAGCGGAAAAGGCCCAGGAGCUACAACUGAAGCGAGUGGCCUCCUUCAUUGCGCGCGAAGUGAAGAGCUUCUGGUCGAAUGUUGAGAAACUGGUGGAGUACAAGCACCAGACGAAGAUUGAGGAGAAGCGCAAGCAGGCUCUGGAUCAGCAUCUCAGUUUCAUUGUCGACCAGACGGAGAAGUUCUCGCAACAGUUGGCCGAGGGCAUGAACAAAAGUGUGGCGGAUACGCCUAGUCUCAAUUCCAGCCGUCUGACAUCGCCCAAGCGGGAAUCUGAUGACGAAUUCCGGCCAGAAUCUGGUUCCGAAGAUGAUGAGGAGACCAUUGCCAAGGCCGAGGAAGAGGCAGCUGAUGUCAAGGAGGAGGUAAAAGCUUUGGCCAAGGAAUCCGAGAUGGACUUUGAUGACUUUCUCAAUGACCUGCCGCCUGGUUAUCUCGAGAAUCGUGAUAAGCUCAUGAAGGAGGAAGAGCAGGGUUCGGCGAUAAAGACCGAAGCCGAUGAUAGCGACGACAGUGAGUUUGAGGCGAAAGAGGCCAGCGAUGACGAUGAAAAUACCAUCAGCAAGCAGGAAGAAGCUGAGCAGGAGAUCGAUCACAAGAAGGAGAUCGAUGAGCUGGAGGCUGACAAUGAUCUGUCUGUGGAACAGCUGCUGGCAAAGUACAAGUCGGGCAGAAUCAGUGACCAGCCGCCAAGCGCCAAGCGCCGGAAAGUGGAUCUGGAUUCGGACGAUGAUUCAACGGCCGUUGAUGAUUCCUCAGAUGAAAGCGGCGAAGAUGCUUCCGACGAUGAAGAUCUUUCGACUAUUCUAACUGACACUGAAGUAGAGGAUCCAGAGGACCAGGAGGAUGGCCUUAAGAGCCUGAUGACGGAUGCGGGUGCAGCAGGAACUGGGACUGCCGGUGAUGGCAGCACCGCGGCCACAGGAGGCGCUAACAAGGACGACAUGCUCAACGAUGCCGCCGCUCUGGCUGAGAGUCUGCAGCCCAAGGGAAACACCCUUUUAACUACGAAUGUGGUGACACCUGUGCCUUUCCUGCUCAAGCACUCGCUGCGUGAGUACCAGCACAUUGGGCUGGACUGGCUGGUGACGAUGAACGAGCGGAAGCUGAACGGCAUCCUGGCCGACGAGAUGGGUCUGGGCAAGACCAUCCAAACUAUCGCCCUACUGGCUCACCUCGCCUGCGCCAGGGGCAACUGGGGACCACAUCUCAUUGUGGUGCCCUCGUCUGUGAUGCUCAACUGGGAGAUGGAGUUCAAGAAGUGGUGUCCCGGCUUUAAAAUACUCACGUACUACGGCUCGCAGAAAGAGCGGAAGCUGAAGCGCGUCGGCUGGACCAAGCCGAAUGCCUUUCACGUCUGCAUUACAUCCUAUAAGCUGGUGGUGCAGGAUCAGCAGAGUUUCCGCCGCAAAAAGUGGAAGUACCUGAUUCUGGACGAGGCGCAAAAUAUCAAGAACUUCAAGUCGCAACGCUGGCAACUGCUGCUGAACUUUUCCACCGAGAGACGUUUACUCCUGACGGGAACACCGCUGCAAAAUGAUCUGAUGGAGCUGUGGUCGCUGAUGCACUUCCUCAUGCCUUACGUUUUCUCAUCGCAUCGCGAGUUUAAGGAGUGGUUCUCCAACCCGAUGACGGGGAUGAUUGAGGGCAACAUGGAGUACAACGAGACUCUGAUAACUAGAUUGCACAAGGUAAGACCCUUCCUACUGCGACGCCUUAAAAAGGAGGUGGAGAAGCAAAUGCCAAAGAAGUACGAGCAUGUGGUCAUGUGCCGACUGUCGAAUCGCCAGCGCUAUCUGUACGAAGAUUUCAUGAGUCGCGCCAAUACCCGGGAAACUCUGCAAACUGGUAAUUUGCUGAGUGUGAUCAAUGUUCUGAUGCAGCUGCGCAAGGUUUGCAAUCAUCCCAACAUGUUUGAGGUGCGUCCCACCAUCUCGCCGUUUCAAAUGGAGGGUAUUUCAUUCCACACACCGCGUCUAGUCUGCGACAUAAUGGAGUAUGAUCCGUUCACGCAAAUCAACCUGGAGACUGUGAACCUACUGCUGCUGCAUCUAGAGCAAACCAUGACAGCCUACGUAUCGCACAAAUCCCGCCUGCUCGCCCCGCCUCGCAAGCUUAUCGAGGAGAUCGAUACAGCUCCUCAGCCUCCGCCACGCUGUCCCAACGGCAAGUACCGCUUCCACGUCCGUGUUCGCAGUGCAGAGCUUGCACAGCGUAUCAAGUUGAAUGCGGUAAGGGUCGGUGCCAGUCCCGCCAUGCGGAUGGAGGGCACAAAGAUUGUACCCAUGCGUAAUCUGGUGCCCAGCGGAAAGGUGCUUAAACGCGUUAGUGGCAGUAUUAAUCCGGUGAAUAUGGCUCUGAAGCCGGUGGUAAUCAACAGCGUUGUGACAACAUCAACAGCAUCGACAACAUCCUCAUCGCCCGCCGGGGCAUUGAAUGUGUUGGGCAACUCCAAGUUGCUUGGGGCACGACCACAAAUAAUGAACUCACCCACUCCCGCCAAGGUGGCAAAGACGAUGCAAGAUGGCAAACCCUUUUUCUACCUCACACCGGCCACCAAUUCGGGAGCAGCUGGAGCCCGUUUGACGCUGACUAGCAAAACCACCGCAGCGUCGUCGGGAGCCACAACUAGCACCGGGACAUCUCUGACAGCAGCAGCACCUAGCACAGCGCAGCAACUGAUUAGGGAUCCGAUCGUCCGGGAUCUGGCCACGCAUGUGAAGAAGCAACAGAGCAUUGCCAAUGGAAAGGCUGAACCCGAGGAGGAAGAGACCGAGGCGGAGGACCCAUACAAGGUGCAGGAGCUAAUUCAGAUGCGCAAGGAGCAGCGAUUGGCCUCGCUCAAACGCAUGGCCAUGAUGAAUCGUCGCCGUACCGAUGCCACGCCCAUCUACGGCGCGGAUUGCCGCGGCGCUAUAGAACGUUGUAUGCAUGCGACCCGAUCGCUGAAGCGAUCUACAUGGCAGACGCGAGGUUAUGCCAACUGCUGCACGGCGAUGGCGCAUCGAGAUGGCUGGUCACUGAAUCACCUGCUCAAGAGCUACGAGCAGAGGUGUGCGGACCUGAAGCCGCUGUUUGCCAACUUUGUAAUCUAUGUUCCUUCGGUGUGUGCACCGCGCAUCCGUCGUUACGUGCAAAAUCUUUCUUCGACGCACUGGCAGACCGAGCGGGAGAUCGAUGAUAAGGUGGGACAGGCGCUGUUACCCAAGCUGGCUCUGCUGCAUCCCAUAAUCUCUGCGAUGACCACUCAGUUCCCGGAUCCGCGUCUCAUCCAGUAUGACUGCGGCAAGCUGCAGACAAUGGAUCGGUUGUUGCGCCAGUUAAAAGCAGAGGGUCAUCGUGUUCUGAUAUUCACACAGAUGACCAAGAUGCUGGACGUGCUGGAGGCCUUCCUUAACUUCCAUGGCCACAUUUAUCUACGUUUGGAUGGUUCAACGAGGGUGGAGCAGCGACAAAUUCUGAUGGAGCGCUUCAACGGCGACAAACGGAUAUUCUGCUUUAUACUUUCCACGCGAUCCGGCGGAGUAGGCAUCAACUUAACGGGUGCCGAUACUGUGAUCUUUUACGACUCAGACUGGAAUCCCACCAUGGAUGCGCAGGCCCAGGAUCGAUGCCAUAGAAUCGGACAGACCCGCGACGUUCACAUUUACCGUUUGGUCUCAGAAAAGACUAUCGAGGUUAACAUUUUAAAGAAGGCUAACCAAAAGCGCAUGCUCAGCGACAUGGCCAUCGAAGGGGGUAACUUCACCACUACUUACUUCAAAAGUUCCACCAUCAAGGAUCUCUUUGCGAUGGACCAAAACGAGCAGGACGAGACGAGUCAAGAGAAACCGGAGGACAAGGAUAAGAUUGUGGCCACGACAACUACUACCACGUCGGCAACGAUGACACCUGGCCAAGGAGAUUCAGAGAAGCAGUCGCUGCGCGCCUUUGAGCAUGCUUUGGCAGCCGCCGAGGACGAGCAGGAUGUUCAGGCCACCAAAACCGCUAAAGCUGAGGUGGCCGCAGAUCUGGCCGAGUUUGAUGAGAACAUUCCCAUUGCCGCUGAUGAAACGAAUGCGGACGGCACUCAGGUGGAACUCAGCAAGGCCGAUCUGGAGAUGCAGAAUUUGGUUAAGCAGCUCUCGCCCAUCGAGCGCUAUGCCAUGCGCUUUGUGGAAGCCACCGGGGCGGCUUGGACGGCGGAACAAAUGCGUGCCGCGGAGGCUGAACUGGAGGCACAGAAACGUGAAUGGGAGGCCAAUCGGUUGGCGGCCAUGCACAAGGAGGAGGAGCUGCUCAAGCAGGAAACGGAGGCCGAGGAACUACUCACCUACAGUCGCAAGGAUUCAAGCAAUCAGGUCUGGAUAUCGCGCAAUACCAUGGAACAGAUGCCGAUGUGGUGUCCGCCCACGCCGCCGCAGGAUAACGACAACGAUAUCUAUAUCGAUUACUCGCUGUCGUUCAUGUACGACCUGGAUCCCAUUUCUGAGUCUGAACUGCCGCCAGUCUAUGUCCGCAAGGAGCACAAGCGAUCGCGCACAGAUGCCGGUUAUGACGGCAGCCGCCGCCCAAAUAAGAUGCGGCGUGAGGAUAACUAUGUGCCGCCCAGGUCACUGUUCGAUCGUCCCACACCGCAGCUGGCCCGUUUGCGUCGCGAACUGAAGAGCCAGCGAUUCCGUGGGAGCUUCAAGCCAAACUCACCAAUUCCUGGCCUGAAGCCGCAACUGCCGGCCAACAAGCCACUGACUGAGCCCGAGGCCAUGGCUGAGUGGUGCAUCUUCGAGGACAUUGCCAUACUGCAUGUUUUGGUGAAUUUGCAGGGCUUGCCCUGCAGCCUGAUGCUUCUGUCGCCCGGACAAACGCCCAACUGGGAUCUCGUCUCCGAGAUGGUCAACUUUUGCUCCAAAACCUAUCGCUCGGCGCGACAGUGCCGCUGGCGCUACGAGACCCACAUCCAGCCGAGGGAGGAGGGCAAGGUGGUGGAGAGUCCCAAGAAGCAGAAGAAGCUCAAACCUACGCUGCGCACAGAGUACCUCAAGAGUCCGCUGCGUUAUCUGCGCACCACCCAGCUCUAUGCCAGCGACAACAACGCUUCCUUCUACAAGACCAUGCGCUCCCGCUUCGAUAGCAUCAAGACGGCAUAUCUGAAGAAGGCGCCGCCGCCGAAGCGCCAGUUUAGUGCCCCCAGCCUAAUGAAUCCCAAGCAUAUGGAGGUGCUGCAGGAGUUUGGAAUUCAGAACUAUGAUCAGCCGGUAUCGCCCCAAAACAUAGCGGCUAUGAAGGCAAAUAAGAUUAGGGAGAAGCAGCGGGGACAGCAACAGCUGCCGCCGCCGUCGGUGAGUCAGCAGGUACAGCAGGUACCACAGCAGCAGCAACAGCAGCCGCCACCUCCUCCUCCGCAACAACAACAGCAACAGCAGCAGCAGCAGCAGCAGCAACAAGUGGUGGUGCAACAACAGCAACAGGUGGUGCAGCAACAACUGCCCACUGUAGCGAACGUCCAACAACAAACUCUUCCCGUUCAGCAAUCUGUGGAACUUGUCCAACAGCAGCAGCAACAGCCCACGGCCACCACGACAACGGUUUCUGUGCCUGCGGCUGGUGGCCAGUUGCAGCAGCUCCAGAUCCAACAUUUGAGUGGACCAAAUGUCGCCAAUGUCACCGGGCAGCAGACAGCCAUUCUUCUGCACCAGCCCCAGCAACAGCUGCGGACGCAUCCCGGCCAGCAGGGACAGACAACCACACAGCAGCUGGUCAAGACCAUUGUGGGUACCUCCUCCAGUCUGACGGCGGGUCAGUUCCAACAGCUCGCCCAGCAGUCCGUUCAGUCCGGUUCCGGUCAGUCCAGUGUCAGCGUGGUCCUCACCACUCCUGUACAGACACUUCCUGCUGUCGUUCAACCCCAAACAGGAUCCGCCGGUGCUGCCCAGAUUGUGUCUAUCUCAUCGCAGGGCACGCUUCCGGUGAACAGUCAGUCGCCGCAGCUUGGCAGCAUAGUGCAAACGCAGUCGCUGCCCCAGGUGGUAUCCGUAAGCACGCUGCCCACCGUGGGCACAGUGCUGACGACCACUGCCAGUGGCCAGCAAGUGCAGCAGCAGCAAACCACGGCUGUGACUACUCUAAACACGGCCAUGUUGCGGGGCCAGCGGAUUGUGUCUUCAGUGGCAGGGAAUACCCUCCAGCAGCGCACCACAGCCGGUGGUCAGUCCAUUGUGUCCAUGCCGACACUGGGGCAGGGCGUAAGUCCCGCUCAGUUCCAGACACAGCUCCGCUUGGCCGCUGUUCCCUCGUCGUCCGCUGCUCACCAUCAGACCACGCAGCUGGUGACCACCAAGGGUAUUCCGGUAAGCGCACUACAGCAGGGCGGCAAGACCACUGUGAUACCGGGCGGCACUCAGCAACGGGGAGCGCACAUACAGCUCUAUCGGCAGCGCAGCCUGAAGGUGCUGCAAACGACGCAGACGGCCACAAUAGGAGGAGUGGCAGGUGGUUCUGCUGGAACCACAACUAAUCUGGUGCAAGCCGGCGGCACCAUUAUUCAGACCAACAGCAUGGCCACGCACGUGACCAGCCAGAAAGUAGCAGCAGUGUCCGGGAUGCCCGGUACCUCCACCACCGUGCAGGCGGGAAAUGUGGUCAGCAGCGUUCAGAUGCACGGCCAGGCCAGGACACAGUUCAUCAAGCAGAUGACGGCCGCUGGAAAGCAACAGCUGCAGCGGCAGGUGGUGAGCGCCGAUGGAACGACGACUACGACUACCGGUGCUGGUGAUAUGUUGCUGGUAAAGCGGCAUAACAUAUUGGCUGCCCAGAAGGCGCAGCAGGCAACGGGAGCUCUAUUCACAACGACCACAGCUGCCCAGCAGCACCAGCAGCAAGGUCAGCUCCCAGUGGCCGGUCAACCGCAACAGGUUACACAGCAGCAGAUUGCCUCGCUUGUGAAAGCCUCCACAGCAGCGGCGGCCAGUGGGAGCAGUGUCAGUGCCGGUGGUGUCACAGUUUCGGCCACAGGACCCACCGUCCAGGCGGGCAGCGUGAAUAUGACCCUACCUCAGCUGAAGCCGGGCAGCCAGAUCAAAGUCACCGUGCCCAAUCAGAUGCGUCACUUGCAGAUGCCGCAGCAGCUCACCAUGCCGCGCAAGAUAAGUCGGAUGACGCAGUUGGUCACCGCUAGUGGACAGCCGACGGCCACUAAUAUUGUGGCCACGACGGGACAACAGCAACAGCAGCAGCAGCAGGGUGUCACAGCAGGCACACUCCCCACGGUUCAGGCCCAGCAGCAGCAGCAACAGCAGCAAAAGGCCGGAGGCGGCAGUGUCCAAGCACAGCUACUGCAUAUCCAGAACACCAAGGCGCUGCCGAACUCGGUGACGGUGCAGCAGAUCCAGCAGGUGAUGCGGAGUGGACAGCAGGGCACGUUGGCCACCACGAACCUGGUGCUAGGCAAGACGAGCGGAGGACGAGUGAUUCCUGUUUCGCAGCCCAACCAACGGCAGACCAUUCAGGUUGUUUCGGCUGCCUCCGCCCAAGCCCUGGCAGCGGGCAACAUACGCACCCAUGUCGCUGGUCCGAAUAUAGCCAGUGCUCUGAAGGUGGCCGCCUCGGGAGGAGCUGGUGGCCAAACCACGCAGCAGACGCUAAUAGCUGCACUGCAGCAUAAUCAGCGACAAAAUGCCAGUCCUGUUCGCUUGCAAACCACUGCCGGUGGCAAUCUGCUGGCGGUUGUGCAGCAGCAGCAACAACAGCAACAGCAGCAGCAGCAGCAGCAGCAACACACGAGCAUUGCAGGACCCACAGCGGGACCGGCUGAGGUGAUGACCAUUACACAGACUACCACAUCGUUGCCCACAGUUAGCAGUCUGCAGCAGCAGCAGCAGCAACAACAGGGUGGCGGCGUGUCACAGCCGACAACACAACAGGUACGGAAGUUGGUGCAGAAAAAGAUCAUAAUACGCAGCGAGAAAGAAUAACGUAUGGGCAGGGCCGCCAGACCACGUCAUCACCGGCGGAGCAUCACGAGCCUCAUUACCACCAACUCAGACUCGAAUCCCAA